AUGGGUGAGUAUCAAACACGCCUCCCUGUGAUCCGGAUCCAGGUGCGCUCUGAGCCUGUUCACGGCUACCCCUCCGUGCACCAGUCCUCCACUGGAGGGUCCCAGCGAGCAUCAGCAGAUGUCCCAGCUUCACACAUCCGGUCAGCUUCAGAGAAGAUCCUAUGCUGGCUGAGGGCAGGUCUGCCCCACAGCGUCAAGGCGAGCCUGUCUCUGUCUCCAUCCGGAUCGGGGCGGAUGGGCAGCGGCGGCGGCGGCUCCCCGACGUCCAAGAUGGCCUCCUGCUGUGUAGGGGUACCCGUGGAGGACAUGCAGGCCCUGGCCAUCACCUCGCUGUCGGCAGCGGACGUGACCAAACACUAUGAGCACAUCCGUGAGCUGGGCAAAGGAACCUAUGGCAAGGUGGACCUGGUGGCGCACCGGACGCAGGGCACCAAGAUGGCGCUGAAGUUUGUUACCAAGAACAAGACCAAGCUGAAGAGUUUCCUGCGGGAGUACACCCUUACCGGCUCCCUCAGCUGCAGCCCGUUCAUCGUCAAGGUGCUGGACGUGCUCUUCGAGACCGAGGACUGCUAUGUGUUUGGGCAGGAGUACGCCCCCGCCGGCGACCUGUUUGACAUCAUCCCCCCCCAGGUGGGUCUGCCGGAGGAAAUGGUAAAGCGCUGUAUGCAGCAGCUGGGCUUGGCGCUGGACUUCAUGCACGGCAAGAACCUGGUCCACCGAGACGUCAAGCCCGAGAAUGUUCUACUCUUCGACCGCGAAUGCCGGCGUGUCAAGCUGGCUGACUUUGGCAUGACGCGACGUGUGGGCAGUCGCGUGAGGCGUGUGAGCGGCACCAUCCCCUACACGGCCCCAGAGGUGUGCCGUGCCAGCCGGAGCGAGGGCUUCCUGGUCACCACCAGCCUGGAUGUGUGGGCGUUCGGUGUGCUGGUCUUCUGCAUGCUGACAGGCAACUUCCCCUGGGAGGCGGCGCUCCCAGCCGACGCCUUCUAUGAGGAGUUUCGACGCUGGCAGAAUGCGGGCUGCCCUGUGGGCACGUACCCCUCCCAGUGGCGCCGCUUCACCGACGACGCCCUGCGGAUGUUUCAGAGGCUGUUGGCGUCCGAGCCGGAGAAGCGCUGCGGUGUCAAAGACGUUUUCUGCUUCAUCAAGUAUGAGCUGGUCAGCGAGCUGCGCCGCCGCGCCUCCUGCCGGGCCAAGAGAGGCGAGAGGUCAAGCUCAGGGGUGUGCACAGGCAGCUGCGUGCCCUCCUCAUCUUCUUCCUCCUCCUCCUCCCGAUCCGCCCACAGACACCCAGAGCCCUCCACUCCUCCGGGGACGUCCUGUCUGCGCCCAGCACCGCUGAAGCGCAGUGUCCUGUCUGACCCGCUGUCACCCAGAGAGGAUGCCGGGCAGCACCAUUCUCCAGGCCGGGACAAGAGCAAGAGCCAGAUGGUCAUGGCGACAGCCAUUGAGAUCUGUGUGUGA